UCUGCCAGAAAUUCAGCGCCGCCGCCCUUUGUCCUGCUCCUCAGCCUCGACGCGCCGGCGACCGUCGCGUUUGUGCCCGCACCAGGCCCACCCAGUAGAAUAUCCCAACAGGCUCUUGCUCUUGAUCGCUGCGUCGCGGCGUGCUCCGCCUUUUUUCCCCGGUCGUUUCGCUCCCUGGGACCCUCGUUACUUUCCAGACCUGGUUCUGAUUGCUCUGCUCGCUCUCUCUUUUGCUUGCUCGCGCUGUUGGCGCACGACUCCCCACGGUCCCGGCGACAACCAUCCCUUCAGGCGCGCCUCGCAACGGCCGUGCUCUCGCUCGCUCGCUCCGACGUCGGCGGCAACGUCCUCCCCCGCGGUCGAGUUGGGCCUCGCCACAAACCGCCACAAGUGCGGCCUUCUUUGUUGUUCGAGCCCAGAUCCGGCCUCCCCGCCGUAGUCUUUGCGUCGUGAGCCGUCGCGCCGCACCCGCACACGCGUACGACCGCACUCCGGGCUACAAGUCCGAGUCACCGGCCACCGAGCGUCUCGAACCAAGACGAUCCGGCGGCAAAAUGUUUUUCCUCUACAACCUCGAGCGGCGCGUCACGCUGCAUCCGUCGUACUUCGGCAAGAACAUGCAGGAGCUGGUCACGACGAGACUGCUGCAGGACGUUGAGGGCUCAUGUCAAGGAAACUACUAUAUAAUUUCCAUCAUGGACACGUUCGAUAUCUCGCCUGGCAAGAUCCUGCCCGGAAACGGCCUGGCCGAGUUCACCGUUGGUUACCGUGCCGUCGUCUGGCGCCCGUUCAAAGGAGAAACUGUUGAUGCCAUCGUGGACUCGGUCAACCCUCAUGGAUUCUUUGCAAACGCUGGGCCGCUCCGGCUGUUCGUUUCGGAACACAUGAUCCCACAUCACGUCAAGUACGACCCAAAUGCGAGCCCACCGCAGUUUACCGAUAAGGAGGACUACCGCGUCGAGCCGGGGACACACGUCCGGGUCAAGAUUGUGGGGACGAGGAGCGAGGUGACCAAUAUGUGGGCCAUCGGAACGGUCAACGAAGACUUUUUGGGACCGCUUUCCUAAGAGUUGCGCCCUCGUCCAAUGGUCACCUCGUUUGGUGGCCCAGACACCGGGCAGGCUGGCAUGCAGAGAUGCGCCGCCGCCGGUGCGGCCGGGGCUCCCCCUUGUUUCUUUGUCUGGGCUGCUAAGGCCCCCGAGUCCUCUGCCUCCACUUCUGGACGAUGCGCGAGACCAGGCCAGUGCACCCACCAUGGCCACCGCCAAGGCAUGUCUUUGCGAACCCAGUCUCGCUCGAUCGAGGGCUGUGUCUGAUGCACAUGCACUCCAAGGGGGAAAGUUUGGUUUUCUAGAGGUAAAGGAAUCAGCGGGAGGUUCUUUCGGAUGGGGGCCCUUGCGAGACAGACGUAAGCCCUUGCGAGACGUAAGUCAUGGUAAAUGGUAAUUGCUAUGUCGUCAACAUUACGCCUCGGGCAAAGCUUGAUGUUCCUGACGGCGCUGUGCGUGUACAAUGGAUACCCAAGAAGCGAAAAGGAAGUCUGGUCUGGCGCCGUCUACUGGCGGUGCCAAGUAAGGCGGAAUCGAGAGGGUUUCCGCAGGCGAGACCGGUGUGGGCGUAAUUGAUAGGCCGAAUACAGGACAGCCAUCAGCGGAGGCACGCAUCUCGCAUUCCCGUGCAUGUGGCCGGCCAAUG